AUGCCACAACACAACACACCAAAACACAACACCCAAUAAUUUCUUUCUUCACAUCAUAACCACCACCAACUUCUAAAUCCCACGUCUUUUGUUCCAUUUCUGGUUGUGUUGCAUCACACUUCUUCACUUCCAAAACCGUCUUCCCUUCUCUCCAUUCUCCAACACCCCACUGAAAAUGAGGAACAGAAACAACCAUCCCAGGUGAUUGCUAUAGCUAGGAGGAGUCAGCAAACAACAUGACAACAACAACAGCUUCAACAAUUAUCCUUCCAAAAGCCACUUUUUUCGUUUUCCCUUGUGGAAGCUACACUGCUUUCCCCUCUUAGGUUGUUCCCUAAAAUCAUUUCCACACCCAUUUUCCUCACUAUUACGCAGCAAAACAAGAAACCAUGCAUAACCUUUCCUUUAACAUUAAAGGCAAGCCUAUCUAGCAUAAAAAAAAACUGCACUACACUCCUCAACAUUUCCCAUUUCCUCCACUCUUUUACUUUGUGUUUAACCAAGCAAACACAGAUAAUCUUAUACAUAUCCAUCUCGAGCCAACCGAAUAUAUUUAUAUAUAUGGAAGGUUUUCACCCUUCUAUGACGUCUCCUUUUUCGUACACAUUCCCCAUCAGUGGUGCUGGAAGUAGUACUACUACUAGCAAUCUUACCACUGCCACUUACAGCACUUCUAGUCUAUGGAUGAACAGCAGAAUAUGGAGCAAGCUCCCUCAGAGGCUUCUCGACCGUGUCAUAGCCUUCCUUCCUCCACCAGCUUUCUUUCGUGCACGUUGUGUUUGCAAGAGAUGGUAUGCCCUUCUCUUCUCCAACACCUUCCUUGAAUUAUACCUCCAAGUCUCUCCACACCGCCACUGGUUCAUAUUCUUCAAGCACCACAAAACUCGCAAGAGCUACAUCUACAAGAACAACAACAACGGUAGUGGCUGUGGACAUGGUGCAGCCUCUUCCUGUGAAGAAGGGUACCUCUUUGAUCCCUCUGACAUGGCAUGGUAUCGCAUUUCCUUUGCUUUGGUUCCUUCUGGCUUCUCUCCAGCCUCUUCUUCUGCUGGUUUACUUUGUUGGGUUUCUGACGAGGCUGGUCCUAAGACCAUGCUUCUGUGCAACCCUUUGGUUGGUUCUAUCACUCAGUUACCUCCAACGUUGAGACCUAGACUUUUCCCUUCCAUUGGCUUAACCAUCAGCCCCACCUGCAUAGAUGUCACUGUUGCCGGGGAUGACAUGAUAUCUCCUUAUGCAGUGAAGAACUUGACAUCUGAAAGCUUUCACAUCGAUGGAGGAGGGUUUUACUCCUUGUGGGGCACUACCUCUUCUCUGCCUAGGCUUUGCAGCCUUGAAUCCGGUCGAAUGGUUUACGCUGAAGGAAAGUUUUACUGCAUGAAUUGCAGCCCUUUCAGCGUCCUGGCUUAUGACAUCACAUCAAACAACUGGUUCAAAAUACAAGCCCCAAUGAGGAGGUUCCUUAGGUCUCCCAACCUCGUUGAGUGCAAGGGGAAGCUGCUUCUUGUUGCGGCUGUUGAGAAGAGCAAGCUGAACGUGCCAAAGAGUUUGAGGGUGUGGAGUUUGCAGGCUUGUGGGACGAUGUGGGUGGAGUCAGAGAGAAUGCCGCAGCAGCUUUAUAUUCAGUUUGCUGAAUUAGAAGUUGGAAACGGGUUUGAAUGUGUAGGGCAUGGGGAUUUUAUUGUGAUCAUGAUUCGUGGAACAGACAAAGCGUUGCUGUUUGAUAUAUGCAGGAAGAGGUGGCAGUGGAUUCCACCUUGUCCUUACAUUGCACAUGAUGGCUUUGAAUUGCAUGGUUUUGCAUAUGAACCUAGACUCGCCACUCCUGUCACUGGUCUCCUUGAUCAAUUGGCUCUUCCCUUCCACACUUUUGGUGCUUAAAUCAGAAAAUCAUUUUCAACUUUGUCAUAUAUAUUCUAUGAUUUAAUCAUGCCAUGGUAAUCAAGGAAUGCAUGUCGCAUAUUAGCUAGGAGAAUGAAAAACUAAUGAUGUCUUAGUGAUUUGGUUUGUAGAAUCAAUAUUAACGUGUCACUACACUGGUUAAUUACUUAGCUGUUACAAUAUUUCUGAGGUGCGGUUUGAAAUCUAAUCAACUAA